AUGUUCGGUGAUUCGCUUAUAGGGGAUACGGAUGCUGAUCUUGUCCCGAUCUUCCUUGAUCUUGUCAACCUGCCGUUUGAAGCGACCGGUAUAGUGUCCGGAGUGGCUGGCAAGCUUGUGCAGGAGAUGCGAGAGAUGGAAAGCGCGGAGCUGUCCUAUUUGUCCACAGCACGUGCUGGAGCCGUCAUCCUAUCUUCCGAGAAGGCAAACCAGGCCCUCGAAAUCCUUAAGCCUCUGCUUGCUAAGGAGGCAUGA